UUGAGCUGUUUUGUUUAGCUGACCCCCUUAUGUGGUGGUUUUCCUUUUAGGUGGGAUGGGUUUGUCUAUCUUUGAUGCCUGCCUCAUCACAGAGGAGCUGGCUUAUGCCUGCACAGGAAUGCAGACGGCCAUGGAGGCAAACUCGCUGGGACAAAUGCCUGUUAUCAUUGCUGGAAAUGAAGCACAGAAGAAGAAAUACCUGGGAAGAAUGACGGAGGAGCCGCUGAUGUGUGCGUACUGUGUGACUGAACCAGGAGCGGGUUCUGACGUGGCUGGAUUAAAAACCCGUGCAGUGAAGAUGGGAGAUGAGUAUGUCGUUAAUGGGCAGAAGAUGUGGAUUACCAAUGGAGGGAAAGCUAACUGGUGUGUAUUUAAGCCUGUGUGUUGUCAUCGGAGUCAUGGGGGACAGCAUCAGGCUGUGUCCUUCCUCCUGGCUGAGAUGGCGAUGAAGGUUGAGCUGGCCAGGAUGGCGUACCAGAGAUCUGCUUGGGAAGUCGAUCAAGGUCGCAGGAACACCUAUUACGCCUCCAUUGCCAAGGCCUUCGCCGGAGACAUCGCCAAUCAGGUGGCCACUGACGCCGUUCAGGUCUUCGGAGACAAUGGUUUCAACAGCGACCACCCUGUAGAGAAGCUGAUGAGAGACGCCAAGAUCUACCAGAUCUAUGAAGGAACAGCUCAAAUCCAAAGGCUCAUUAUCGCCAGAGAACACCUGGGAAAAUUCAAGAAGUGAACAGUUUCCUGAUCUGUCCUUGUUUAAUUAAAGUUAACUUCUGUAGCCCUGUACAUACAAACGUGCUUCAGUAAAGUUAAUCCGGCCACUUAGUUGAGUGUUUUCUGCCUUAACAUGUGAUUCAGAUCAGCAGUCUGAUGGUCUUCAAUGGUCUGCAGAUCGUGAAAAAGGAAGACCACUGAAUACAUUAAUAAAACUUCUCAUGUCAACAGGACGUCCAAAUGAACACAAUAUGCUGUAAUCCUUUCAUAAACACAAUCUGCUCUUUGCCUUUUAUUAAAGUAUCAGAAAUACAUUUUAAAACAAAA